AUGGCAUCGUCGACCCCUUUGCAAGUCCUUGGGACGAUGGGACUGUUUUUAACGGGAGCUUUGGUCAUGCGAGGCGCCGGCUGUACAAUCAAUGAUUUAUGGGAUAGGAAUUUGGAUCCACAUGUCGAACGCACCAAGUUUCGGCCAAUUGCUAGAAGGGCAGUAUCCCCGCGCAAAGCUGUAGUGUUUACUGGGGUGCAGUUGCUGGCGGGUUUGGGCAUUCUUCUUCAAUUCCCAACGCUGUGUCUUUGGUAUGGGGUACCUAGUCUGCUUCUUGUGACGACUUACCCUCUCGCAAAGCGCAUCACGUACUACCCGCAAGCCGUUCUAGGCCUAACAUUUUCGUGGGGUGCGAUGAUGGGGUUUCCUGCGCUGGGUAUAGAUCUUCUCAGCAACCAUUCUGCCUUGGAGUCAGCAGCAGCACUCUAUUCUAGCUGCGUUGCUUGGACAAUUCUGUACGAUAUGAUCUACGCCCAUAUGGACAUAAAGGAUGAUGUAGCGGCAGGUAUCAAGUCCAUCGCUCUUCGUCAUGAACACAAUACAAAAACUGUUCUUUCUGCUCUAGCAGUUGUCCAAGUGGCGUUGCUUGCUGCGGCUGGCGUGUCGGCUGGCGCUGGACCAGUCUUCUUUAUUGGCAGCUGUGGCAGCGCGGUUCUUUCUCUUGGUAUCAUGAUUUGGAGGGUUCAGCUAAAAAAUGUCCAGAACUGCUGGUGGUGGUUCAAGAAUGGUUGUUUGCUCACUGGAGGAGGCAUUACCUUGGGGAUGUUGUUCGACUAUAUAGCGCGUGCUACUGAUUUGGACGGGAAGGAUACAAAAUCCCCCCAAGUGGUCACAGACGCAACUUCCAAAUCCAAUGGAGAGAUCAGCUGA